CCCAAUCCCCCACCGACCCACCGACCGACCGGCGCCUCCCCCUCCCUCCCUCCACCUCGCACCGGCGCCGCACGCCUGAGUCGCCGACCCCAACAACCCGUCCACGCCCGCCUCCCCUCCCCUCCCCUCCCCUCUCCCCCGGUCUCUCCCCUGCCGCCUCACGCCACCCUCUCCUCCGCGGCGGACCCUAGCUCGCUGGAUCUCUCCCCGGCGACGAGCUCCGCGUCGGAUCAGCUCGGGCCUCCCCUGCCUCGGGUCGUGGGUCGCGCGGGUGACUCCUCGGUGGCUUGGUCCGUAUGGGGCUCUCUUCGGCCGCGGCAGGCGACGGGGCGCAGCUGUGCGUGUUCGACCUCAGGAGGGGGCAGCAGGAGGGCCAGGAGCUCGACAAGAUCCUCUUCUUCCACCCUGCCGACUGCCCCAUCCUGCUCCAACUCUCCGUCAUUGGACUCUGCGAGGGGAUCGUCACUUUCACGAGAAUAUUUUCUCCUGAAGAGGAUUGCGAAGUGAUAGAAUCAGAUAAACACUCACACAUUUUUUACCAAGCCGAGCCAGAUAUUUGGAUGGUUCUGGUAGUGGAGAAAACCAAGGAAAAUGAACCAACUUGGCGUUGUGGCGCAUUGCAAGGGAUACUUAAAGAGGUUCAUUCGCUUUUUGCGAUGUUUCAUGGACCAAUCCGAACUCUACUCAACAGACAACCAAGUGCUGAACUUGCUCGUGGCCACCUCCGUACAUUUGUCACUGAUUAUUUUAGUGAUUUUAUUGUUGGUAAAAAGCUACAGCUGCCAACCUUCCGUGACAGCCUAAAGGAGCGGGGAACAGUUCAAAUGCUAACAAUCUCACGAGAAGUGGCACUUGAAGUUCAGUCACUCACCACAGUCCUUGGAUCAUGUCUUGGGAAUGUCACCUGCCAAUCGCUUGUAUUAUUUGAAGAUCUCCUGGUGUCAACGACACUGCCGCCGGAUGAUACUUUAAACCUAUAUACUUACGCUGUCCUGAGGCUAACUCCUCAUGCUUUAUCUUCCAAUGCAAGCUCCUGGUCCUAUUUGCGGAAAGGAUCUUCUGUUAAUGCUGGCCCCACUUCAAGUUCGUCAAAUGGAACAACUGCAGGAGAAAGGUAUCAUAGUCGAUCUCGUGAUACUUCUCCUGGUGGACAAAAUCAGAUGCAUCAUAAUUUCAGGCCUCUCUUGCGCGAGAAAUUGUCAAAGGGAAAGGAUGGUUUUAUUGCUGAUUUCACAGCUACAGAAGUUCGUGGUGCUGUACCCUUGACUCCAAUACUGUGGUUCCAGCAGGCAGAGGAGCGUAUGCACCUAUGCAUAUAUCAGCACAAGAAUAUCACUAUUUUACUGCUGAUUCCAGCUUCCUCAGUGAUAAAUGGAGAAGAGGGUAUUGCUCAUGUGAAGAAGCAUCUGCUUGAAAAUGCAUCACAGAAGAUUAUCACCGUUGAACUGAAAUUGUCACGAGGAUGGGGUGGUGAAAAUGCUUAUCAUGUUAGUGGAUAUCGCUACUUGCUUGUUGAUCCAGACAAAAAAGUAUCAAGAGCCUCGCCACCUGGGAAAGUCACCACCUUGUCAAGGGAUUCUCUGCUCGCCCUCAAUAGGCUAAGACAAGAAGUAGAUUUAGAGAAGUCAAGAUCUAAGAGAACUGAUCCUUGUCAUGAUAAGGAUUACGAAGCAUGCAUCAGAACCAAAAGUAAUGCAUGGGUUAUCGCUAAAAUUACUCAAGGGAGGGAGCUUUAUAUGGCUUUGGAGAAGGGUGGUGAAACACUUCUUUAUGCAUCGACUGCUGUAGAGAAAUUUAGCAGCAGGUACUGUGAAGGAGUAUUCUCUACAGACUAAAAGCACCAGCAUUGGAUGUCACCCUUUCCAUGCACUACCUCCUGUCCAACUCAUUGGUUUUAAGCUGGAUCAGUCCCCUUCAGCGUGGGGAAUUUGAAUCCUGCUUUGCAAAGGGAAUAAGGGAUUCAUAUCAGUUGUACAGAUUCUCUGUUGUCAUUUGUUAUGUGUGCCGAAAAAAAGGGAACUAGCGUACUCCGGGAAUAACGCAGAGCAAAAAAGAGUUUGUGUUGGGGGAA